UGUCCUGUCUUUUCAACGGGUGCCCUCUGGACUUCCAUCUUUCAGAAACCAGCUUCAUGAUUAAUGACUCUACCUUGAAAAGAAGUGAUCACUGAGACCAUGCACUCAACCCAUGUGCUGAUGAACCACCCUCAUCCUCCCAGCACAAUGAACAUAGGAUCAUGGAACCACAGCAUGGUUGGGUUGGGUUGGUUGGAAGGGACCUCAAAACCCACCUAGUGCCACCCCUGCUGUGGGUUGGCUGCCCCCACCUCAGGUUGUCCAGCACCCACCCUUGGCCUCAAGCACCUCCAGGGAUGGGGCACCCAUUGGGCACACACACCGAGCACCCUCUCCUCCACCGUUUGCCCAGGACAGCUGUGAGCUUUGACAACCAUUUCCCAGUGCUGAAGCUCUGCAGCUCUGUGCCCAUUGCCCUGGCACUGCUCCAGCUCUGACCCAGUUUUUCCGUGCCGCUGCCUAAGAACGUGGCCCACAUCCAAACUUUCUCUCCACAGCCGAUGCCAGGGACACUCAGCACUGCCCAUGGUCGCUGUGUUCACAGCUGUGUGCCAUGCCCCAGUGCUCUGGGUACCAGCAGGGACGCGGGUCACAGCGUGGCUGUGGUCAGGGCAGCAUUUCCAACGCACCGCCCAGCAUUGGUUUGUGGAAGUGACAGGGUGCUGUUUGUGGGCAGAUUUUGUUUUUCCCUCAGGAUAAAUAUUUCAUGAAACCACCACAUAACUGACAGUUGGACAUGAAGGCUAUGACGUGUGGUUUUCAGCGAGCUCUCACCAUUCCCCUCCGGUCAAUUAUCUCAGCGGAGCACAGAGCGGUUGAGCCCAUCCACAGCGAUUUGCUGUGCAACCGAGCUCCAGGACGCACAUAGGGACGAGAAAAGCUACAGAUGCCAGCGGGCAUCCCCUGCCAUGUCUGCCCAUGAGCCACCCAAGCGGAGACUGAGCCCCCAUGGCUCCCUGCCCAACAGCCCAUGCCAAGAAGCCAGAGCAGAUCUCCCAGCGCAGCGAUGCUGCCAGCUCCCGGCGCUGCCGGCAGCGGCGAGUUACACACGCAUUGCGCAACGCAGCGCGGUGCUCUCCAGGGCCGCAGUAGCUUUCCAGGACUGCGCGGCGCGGAUUGGCCCGCAGCACCCUGCUCUCCUCCCUCCCUGCCCUCCCUUCCUUCAGCACCCUAAACCUACAGAGAUUGGACAGCCGGGUGCCACAUGGCAGAUUGGAACCAGGAUAAAAGAUGAACAGCGUCUGCUGGGAGUUUGCAAAGAGGUGGCACCAAACUUUGCAGAACGGGGAGCGGGGACGGACAGGCAGACGGACAGCAGAGCUGCAGCCACCCAGGGACGCCCGAACAUUGAGUGGCAGCCGUAGAGCAGCCUGUCCCCUCUGCUCCCAGCCAUGUCCCUGGUAGGGAAGGAGAAGAGCCAUGUGCGCUUGGUCUUCUUGGGCGCCGCCGGCGUGGGCAAGACGGCCCUGAUCCGCCGCUUCCUGCUGGACACCUUCGAGCCCAAGCACCGGCGCACGGUGGAGGAGCUGCACAGCAAGGAGUACGAGGUGAGCGGGGCCACCGUGACUCUGGAGAUCCUGGACACCAGCGGCAGUUACUCCUUCCCAGCCAUGAGGAAGCUCUCCAUCCAGAACAGCGACGCCUUCGCUUUGGUCUACGCCGUCGACAACGCCGAAUCCUUUGAGAGUGUCAAGAGUCUGCGGGAGGAGAUCCUGGAGGUGAAGGAGGACAAAUUCCCUCCCAUCGUGGUGGUGGGCAACAAGGCGGAGAGCGGCGGUGAGCGGCAGGUGCCGGCAGAGGAUGCGCUGUCACUGGUGGAGCUGGACUGGAACAGCCGCUUCGUGGAGACGUCAGCCAAGGACAACGAAAACGUGCUGGAGGUCUUCAGGGAGCUGCUGCAGCAAGCCCGGCUGCCCGGGCGGCUCGGCCCUGCGCUCUGCAGGAGGAGGGAGACCUUCCCCAGCGAGAACGGGAUGCGGCCCCCCAUGAACAAAACCAACAGCUGCUCUGUGUGCUGAGCCCAGCAGGAUGCAGGUGGGCUGCCGGCCAGGACCCCACUCCUCCCCACCCUUCCCUCCUCACCCGGCACUGUGGGGUCAGCGGAGCGCGGGGAGGGAGGCGGAUGGGAUGGUGCCGCUUUGGUUUGGUUGGGAAGGCGUGGGGAGAGGGCAGGAUCCCAAAAAGGGGGGUGUCCACCUGGGAUGCAGCAUGCACUCAGGCUGUGCUUGCAAGAAGGGGACAGACAGUAGGACAGACAGCAGGCUGCAUGCAGCCAAAUGCAUCUCUAUGGGCACUGUGCCACCAGCACCCCUGGGUCCCCUCUGGGUUCUGUGCCCACCUCAUCCCAAUGCCCACACAUGCAGUGUCCUGGUGCAGCUGUGGUUAUGAUGAGUGUCCGAGGUAGUUGUGUUUGGAUAGGCACGUAGAGCAUGCGA